AUGUUUACGCUGCACGCUGCAGUCAUCACAGUUUCUGACUCGUGUGCUGCUGGUCAGGCGUGCGACAAGUCGGGACCGCUGGUGAGGCAGUUGCUGGAAGAGUCAUCCGCCGCUGCGCUUGGUGCGACGGUACCUCGUUUUCAGGUCACAUGGUCGGAGGUUAUACCUGAUGAGCGCCAAGUCAUUGUAAAGCGAAUCAGAGUCUUAGCCGGACAAGAUUCUAGAGAAGACGACGGCGCCAGUAGCGUUUCUGGUCCGCCGCAGCCGGUCGACCUCAUUGUCACCACGGGGGGAACAGGGAUCUCCGCUCGAGACGUUACACCGGAGUCGACGCUGGAGGCUUGUGAAGGCAGGAGCGUCUGGGGUCUGUCGUACCUCAUGCUUCAAGUUUCGCUUCAGUACACACCUAUGGCAGCGUUAUCGCGGUACGGAGCCGGUGUCUGUGGCUCCGCGCUGGUUAUAAACUUGCCUGGUAAGCCAAGCGCGGUGCAAGAGGUUUUGCCAGCGAUAAAGCCAGUUAUCGUUCACGGGUGCAUGCUGCUUCACGGGCACACACGACACGGAGGAGAGUCCGAUGUACCUGCGCAAGAAGCGACUCCAAAUGUGCAGUAG